AUGUCUAGACCCAAUGGGUCCCAGUCCCAUCUGUCCCAAGCUUUGAGGGCUGAACGGCAGGUGGCUACCGCGACCUCCCAAAAGGCCGCCCUAGAAGCUGCCAUCGAUGCCGCAGAGCAUUACAUGAAAGCGUUGCGACUGGAACCGCCAUCUGACGCGAAAAAACAGCUCGAUGCUAAAUGCAAGGAGCUACUCACCACCGCAGAGAAGAUCAAGGGCGCUAGCGACUGGCGGUCGGCGGCGCGGGGCUCUUCCAAGGCGGUGCCCAGUUUACGACCGCCGACGUCGAAACGAAAGCUGACGACCCGCGAAGAAAUCAUCAUCCUUGAGGGCGCUAAACUGAAUGGUUUUAUUUUCCCGCCAUGGGACCGCCCGCCUGCUCCGGAUGAAUUUCUUUCGCGCGACGGGCAGCCUUUCACGGAUGCACCGGAUCUUCAUCUUUCGGAAUUCCAGAAGGCCAUCUUUGCAGGAUGGAAACGACCACGUGAGCUUUUGCAGUCAAGGAACACUGCAGACCAGACAUCGAAUGUCGUCGAACCGGUUAUGUCUAUCUCGGGGACUGCAGAUCUUGUGCAAGAUGUGUUGACCGAUUGUUCGGUGGUUGCAAGUCUCUGCGCCACCACCUCCCGGGCUGAGCGAGGGCUAGGACCGCAUGCAUCGCCAGCAAUAUACCCAUGUGACGGUGGACAAGGCGGUCCGCUGUUAUCACCGUCAGGGAAAUACAUCUUUUGUUUGUAUUUCAAUGGAUCCUUUCGAAAAGUAGUCAUUGAUGACCAAUUGCCAUCCUCCAAAACUACACGGUCACUGCAUAUGACUGACCGAAAUCACCCACACUUUCUAUGGCCUGCCCUGGUGGAAAAGGCGUAUUUAAAGGUUCGCGGGGGCUAUGAUUUUCCUGGAAGCAAUUCCGGGACCGACUUGUGGGUGCUGACCGGGUGGAUCCCGGAGCAAGUUUUCCUACAUCACGAUGAUACCACCUCGGACGAGAUCUGGGGCCGCUUGCAUAAAGCAUUCGACUAUGGAGAUGUGGUAUUGACCAUUGGGACCGGCAAGUUGACCGAAAGGGAGCAACAGGGGCUAGGGCUAGUGAGCGAGCAUGACUAUGCUAUACUCGACAUGAAAGAAGUCCACGGGCGGCGUCAAUUCCUUUUAAAGAAUCCGUGGGCGGGCGCAGAGCCAGGAUCAGGGCAAGCCAGUCCCAGAGUCCAAGCGACAGAAUCAACAAAUGGGCCAUCUCCUCUCUCACCAGGCACAUUUUGGAUGGAUUGUGAGCAAGUUCUACAGAACUUUGAGAACCUCUACUUGAACUGGAACCCCGGUCUGUUCAAAUACCGCGAGGACAUUCAUUUUACAUGGGAUCUUUCUCAGGGACGGGUCAUUGCAGGCUGUUUUGUGAAAAACCCACAGUUUUCAAUUUCCAGCGAGUCGGGAGGGACAGUCUGGCUCCUGCUCGGCAAGCAUUUCAAGACGGUCCGUCACCCUGGACAAGAGCACAACCCGAACGAACCGCAGGGGUUUAUUGGCCUCCACAUUUUCCAGGCUGACGGGAAAAGAGUUUCGCUCAGCGAUGGAGCGCUUCAUCCUGGGCCUUAUCUCGACUCCCCGAACACCCUCACGAGGCUGGAGAUGCCCGCUGGGACCACGUAUACGGCUGUGGUCUCUGAGCAAUCGCUGCCUGUAUCGAGUCAAAACUUCACACUCUCUGCCUUCUCGACCUCACCAGUGGUAGUGGGAAACUCGAGAGACAAGUAUCUGUGCUUGAAUAAGGCAGCCGGUUCCUGGACGACGUUGACGGCUGGCGGGAACGCCGAGUCAGCUCGCUAUCAUUCCAACCCCCAGUUCAGCCUGAAGAUUUCUGAUAGAACCGACGUGUCUAUCUUGCUCGAAACCACAAACGCUGAACUGGCCACCCACGUCAGACUCUUUUGGUCCAACGGCCAGCGCAUCUCCCGAGUGCGAAACCGCGACAUCAUUGCCGACAGCGGCGACUAUCGGCGGGGAUGUGCACUGGCAGAGACAAAGGCUUUGGAUAAGGGGUCCUACACCAUUGUCUGCUCCACCUUUGCUCCUGAUCAAGUUGGUCGCUUCACGCUCUGGAUCUCAUCUAUGAUUCCGUGCACAGUACAACAGUUAGCCUCCGAGUCCGCGGGCCGCCGUGUCAUCUCCUCAGAUGUCGGCGUCCUUCCGCCAGGUAAGGAUCGGAUGCUGGCCACAUUAUGCGUCUCUCGUAUGACACGGCUCAAGCUCAUCGCGAGGAAUAAACGGUCCACUAUUGGUACCCGGGCCGUGGCUCCGUCUCCUGUGCUGAUGACUGUGGAACUCGGCCAGGGACCAUAUAAGGAGAUCCUGGCUACCUCGGAAGACGGCACUCACAGCGACGCAGUAACGGGGGUUCGGGUGGAGGAUUUUGACUUGCGACCCAAUCUCUCGUCGCAAGGUGUUUGGAUUGUCAUCGAGCGCAUCGGGGGUCCAGGAGGGCAGGUGGAAGAUUAUUUUGAGGUUGAGGCGCUGGCCGAGGAGCGGGUUGAGAUUGGGGAAUGGGUGAUUGAAGAUGCAUGA